UUUUAAUCUGGGGAUUUAAAGCACAUCACAUGCUCAGACGCAGCAGCGGGGCGCUCCACCAUAACAGGCAAACUGCUGCAAAAAUCCAUGUUGGGGAGGAAACUAUUCAUCCUGGAAGGACAGAGGAAAACACUGAAUACACACUGCAAUGCUAGCGCACUUUUGGGGAGUUUAGGAUCGCCGCCUGAGAGCUGUUUUUAAGGAGUCCGACCAGGAUAGGAAAAGUUUUUAUUCUCUGGAGAAACCUGACCGCUGGAGAUUUGGGACAAAGAUGACGCUCAAGUACAGCCAGCGGUCUCUAAUUGUUCUGUCUUUACUGGGGAUUUUAUCCGCCAUCAUGUCUGUUUUAUCGGUCAUUUUGAUUUUCCAGCUCCAGUCUCAACAGGCGUCGGUGAAGGAGUCUCCCCCUUCCACCUCCUCGGUCAUACCCGCUCAUGUCUGGGCCGUGUUGCUGCCGGUCUCCACGGUGCUCUCUGCUCUGUCCCUCACCCUCAAUUUAAGCUCUGUGGUGGUGUGUCUCCUCCACAGCUAUUUUUCAACAGAGGUGUGCAGAGGAGAGCAGGAUACUGAGAGAGCGGACUGGUUCCUUUUGGACAGCAGAGCUGUACGACAUGUGGCUAUUGGACUGUUCUGCCUGGGGGUUUCUGUCUACUUGGCAGCAAUGUCCAUCUUUAUGCUCCUAAUAUUUGAGGUGGAGACAGGUAUUGCCAGUGCUUGUGUCCUGUCUUCAGGGAUCCUGAUCCUGCUGGUUGUUGUAAUUCACUCUCUGGUCAAAGCUUCUUAUAGUGCUAAGCACUAUCACAGUGACCACCUCGACACCCUCUACCAGAAUGACCACCGAAGCAGCAACACGCCUUUAUCUCGGCCCUGCGAGCUCAAAAUUGGUGUGGACAAACCACGGAUGCACCGCAGCCAGUCUCACCUCCAACAUCAGAUCUCCCCCUUCCCUCAAUGUAGCAACCCGAGACAACGAGAACCAUACCAGCAACCGCAGUACUCCCCUGCUGGAGGGUCACAGGGCCAGGCUAGUGAUAAAGACGGCUACAGCAGCGGUGGCAGCUGUCCCAGAAUGCACAGGACCCUGUCUACUGAAUCUGGUCUACUGCAGGCCCAGGCUAAACCCUGGAAUGGGGUCAACAACGAGAUGAGGAGUGUCCUUGCACGCAAAUCAGGGAUCUCUGCAAAAGACUCUACUCUUGUGUGACAUAAAGGAAGCUGAGCUUACGGUUUAAGACACUGAAGACUUCUAUACACGUCAAAAGAGGACUGCUAACACAAGUGUCAUCUCAAACAGGUGUAAAACUGUCCAUUUGUAUUAUUCUACACUCAACAUGUUUAUCUUGACUGAUUAGACAACAUGGGACUGAGAUUUAAAAACAAACCCAACUUUACACAUUCAUCAACUGAUUUCUCCUGUUGGCAUUAUGGCAUUUUUAGUUCAAUGAAAUAUAUAUUGAUAUUUUGUAUAAUUUGUAGUGUUUUGUAUCAAUGAACUUGAUUUAAAUCUCAUACACACCAAUGUUGCCCAAAUAUCAAUCUGGCAAAUUUAUAGCUUUCACUGUAAUAAUGUAAAUACUUUAUUUCGCUGUAUAUGGCAGCUUUUUGCCAAAUAUUUGUGCACAAUGUGCAGAGUGUUUUG